UGUCAAAAAUGUCGGUAACAGUGGAAAACUGGAUUGUUUUGAUUCGAAUUCACGACAUACAUCUAUAGUGUCGAAAACGAUCAGCUGAAUUAGGCCACCAAACAUGGAUAACGACCAAUUUUAACGAAUUAUUGCUCUCUUUUCUUUCUGUCUAUUUCAUUCGUGUCACACAGUUUGAGUGAUUGAAAUGCGCACAUACAUUUGAGUACAGAGGAGUCGCGGUAGCAAAUGUCAAAAAGUUGUGUCCUGUUUUGUUUGCUAAAUUCUAGUUUUAUCCUUCGACUUAUCACAUCGCCUGACAUUCGCUGAUUGAGAGUGCUACACACAUAUCCAUCACAAACGGACAUACUCACUGCGUAGGGAAUUUACGAUGUCCGAAGACACUGAAACAGGUCGGGAGAGUUUGCCAUCGAUUAGUGAUUUAUCACUGAAUCCACAAUCAACACCCAGCACCAAAACAACAACGGCCGACGGCAAAGCCAAAGUUGAAAAAGUGGAAAUUUUGCUAAAGCCCACCGGAAGUGCACCCAUUAUAAACAAAAAUAAAUGGAGUUUGAAUGCAGAGAAACGUGUUAGUUACAUUUUAUACUGGCUACAUAGUUAUUUCAAAUUGGAUGCAGAAGAAAAAAUCUUUGUUUAUGUGAAUCAAACAUUUGCUCCGGCCCCGGAUCAAACCAUAAAAAAUUUGUACGAUUGUUAUGGAACAAAUGGAAAACUGAUAUUACACUACUCGAAAAGCCCGGCGUGGGGCUAGUAUCGGCGCCAUUUUAUCCAAAUCAACCAACCCAUAUACAUCCAACAUUUUACAUUUAUAAUUUAAAAUUAAUUCUCUUUAUUCGUUUCCAUUCUGUGAGAAAUGCUAAGAUAAUUGUCAUUUAGCCAUUUAAUUUCUAAGAAUCGCAAAAUAUAUGAAAAUAUGUCAGUUUUUGUAUAAUGCAA